AUUUCUUUACGUCAGCCGCUCCAUAUCAGAACGAGACGCCCGGUCCGCAAAUCCCCGGUUCGACUCCGGCUACAAUCGACAGCGCGCCAGGCGUCGUCGUCGCCGACCCACGCACCUCAACUCUAUUGCCCGCCAACCAAUUUUUUACACCUCGAGGCUUGCUUCACUCCAUGAUAUGCCCCGCAAUCACGUCGCAGGUCCUUCCACCCUCCGUAAUCGCAACCGUGUCACCAACAAGACUCGCCUCAAGGUCAUCACGGAAAACAUCGAUGCUGACACCAUCGUCCUUGACGAAGAUGAAGAGAAGGCUAGGGUCGUCUCUACAGCCGGUGUGGACGCUGAGGAUGCCAAUGAACAUCAUUUGCAAGCUGUAUUGUCUGCGGCGGCCACACGGCAUCAAGCAAGUGCGCGGUCUACAAGGGGUGCAUCGGAGAAAGAGAGAGCACCCCUUGCUGCGUACAUUCCCACACCAGACAGUACUGGUAUCGUGGAGAAUUACGAGCAGCUCUAUCCUCCUGGUCGGUGGAAGGAUCCCUGCACCUACGUCAAGUCUUCCGAUACUGUUGAGGAGUCCACAUCCUUCGCGUUGGCCAAUGGCUUCAUAUAUUAUAUGGAUGAGCGUGACAAGGAAUGGUUGGACAAGAACAACGAGGAAGCCCGUGGGGAGGGGACUAGUGCGCAAGGUGCUAUCUCGGCGAGUACCACGCGAUCGGUGCGCAGCAUGAAGGCCAAGGGCAAGGAGCCUGAUGUUGCCCAAUCUGUUGCGAUGUUGGAAGACGAAUUUGAACUUGUAAUGGCCAUCUUUGAGAAAGUGACACAUGAGAAGACGGAGUUCCUGCAUCAUGGUCUCGAACAAGGCGCGCCGUUCCCUCCGUUCUCCGAAUAUCAGGAUACGUUCGCAGCGGGACUCCAACCAGCAAUAUUUGCGAUCUACGAAGUUCCCAGCUGGAUCCCUCCUCCAGCUCACCUAACGCGCUUGGCUCGUACCAUUUACCCUCAUUGGCGAGAGCGGCGGCUGGAGCGUUGUGGUCACCCGAUCAUUCCUUCGGUCAAUUUGGAUGAAACGGACACGAUAAAUGAGUCGUACAUAUGUUUCAGACGAAGGGAGAUCAAAGCUAUUCGCAAGACUCGUGCUCAACAAGCAACCUAUUCUGACAAGAUGGUUCGUUUGAAAGGCGAAUUGGCUGUAACUUUUGAGCUGGCAAACAGCGUGCUUCAGCGUGAAACUAUCAAGCGAGACGCAGCAGCACAUGCUCAUGCCGUCUGGGAUAAGCGUUUCGCGUUCGCGGAGAUGAAGCGCAAGUUUCCAACCUUAAGCAGCAAGGAUGAGGAGGAGCUGCUUUAUGAUAGGGAGAGAGUAGUAAAGAAGCCGAAAUUGGAGCCCACCGGUCGUAUUCCUCUCAAGUUGCGAACGCGGGACAAUGGUGAAAUUUCCUCUCCCAUCAUGCACGAGCCCCAGAUACGACCGAAAGAGCGGCAAGCUCAGAUCCAGAAGGAGAUCGACCAAGACAUGGCAAGGCGAAAGGAGAAGGACCACCAGUGGGAAGAUGCGAUCGACAAUCCCUAUCAGCCUACUCCGACGUCGUAUGCGUCCAAGCUGUUCAAAUACAUUGGUGCUACGUGCCGUGCCGGUUCGUCGACGUCCUCUUCCGACAGCGAUUCUGCACAACCUGUUCGUGCACCUCGUGCAGGCCGUCUACGAUUUGGGCGCGGUGGACGGCUUCAUCUUGAUCGUCGUAUGGUCAUGCCUCGUGCAUGGUUGCCUGCGGAUGUGUUGUCCGAUAGUGAACAUACGGCUGAAGUGGAUGCGCAGGAGCGGGCUCGCAGGCUUGCUGAACGGUGGCAAUUCGACUCCGAUGAUGUUCCAGCAGUUGGGCCGGAGGGUUCAGAGGAGAAGGAUCGUGUACUCGUUGACGAUUACGAGCCGAAAUAUCUUGUGCAUCACAUGACAUUGCUGACGGAACAGGAUCAUCAAAGCCUCAUCACAGAUGCAACGGUCUUGGUGGUGUCGAAUGACGGACGCCAACAAGCACACUUGCCGUUCAGACUGGGUCAACCUACAUAUCGCAGGGACAUGCCACAGUUCAUGCGACCUUCUCCGUUGACCCCUGGGCACUCGAUAUCCGCCACGCAAUCGGGCUCCUCGUCCCUGUCGAUAUCAUCUGCUGGUACUCCUGUAGCGUUUCCGACUCAGCUGAAGAAGAUGCCGCCCCCGGCGGUGCCUCAGACGCGUACCAGCGGUAGCAUACGUCCACCAGGGAUACCCGCUGUUCCCAGUAUGCACCCCAGUAUCACAGCAUCACUCGGGUCUCCACGCAACACACCUCCUAUCACCAUUACGCCAGCCAACGGUGUCAAUGAAUCGGGUGGACACGUCACAGAGGGCAUGGACCAGGCUGCCAGAUCACCUUCGUUGCCUCACUCUAAUGGACAUGCGCCGAAUUCGAGUGAUCCAAGCCAGCCUGCCGCCGUCCCGCCACCUUCCUCUCCUCUUCGACCCAAGGCUCAAGUCAAUUCCAUAACCAUGCCUGCCGUCCCUAAUGGGUAUCAUAUGGCACCUGUCAGCGCAUAUACCAUGGCAAACGCCCAGUAUAUGCAUCCGAGCAACCGGCAGAGCAGUCUGACGCUGCAGCAAAUGCACGAGCUCAAAUCCGCUUUCGCCUCUAUGUCGCCUGCGCCGGAUGCCCCCAUGCAGACGAACGUCAGCAUGCCGAUCCGUACGUCGACGUCAUACGUCCACGCUCUGCCGAACAACCCAAAUUACAUGCGACCGAUGGCGCGACAAAUGCAGUGGGCGGCUGCUGCGGCUUUGGCUCAACAACAGCAACGCCCGCCUUCUGUCAAUGCUGCGGAGACCAACGGCAUGGAUGGAAUGGUAGCAGCUGCGCAUUCGCCUCAGAUGUCUGGUGCGCCUGCUCGGACCCCAUCUGCGAACGGUAUCCGUGCGCCUUUAUCGCACAGCCUGGCCAUGCCUCCACAGACUCGGGGCCUGGUGCCACCUGGGAGAGCAUCUCCGGCUGCCUAUGCGCGCGUUUCGGGGCCCUUGUCGCCCUCUCCUCAUUUGCUGAACACUUCCCUUUCAGCGACGCAGCCGCAAUCGUCGCCGACGCGCUCACCACAGCCGCCGAUGGCUAUGCCGUCGCCGUCACCAUCGUUGCAAGCGCGACACGCCGUGGGGAGCAUGGGAGCUGGGUACUGAGCCUGAACGCAUAUUGCUGUGUGUGUUGUCUGCGUUUAUCAGUACUGUACCGAAUUACUGUCGACUCUGUGUCUC